ACAAAUAACAAGCAGCCCUACAUUUCCUUAAUUUCCUAGUUUUCUUCCUUAACAAAGGCAAAAAUCAAAUUUAUUGUUCAGUAUCAUAAUGCCGCGACACAGGGCUCUGGUGGAGAUUGGGCGGCGAAUCAUGAAGCGCUUCGAACAGCUCGAUCUGGAUGUGGAGGAGGAGUUCAUCAUUUUCGUGGUGCAUCUGCUUGCCCGCGACUUGCGACGGGGCCUGCUCAAGAGCGACCUGAACAAGCAUACCUGUGCCAUCAACGGUUUCGUGGAUGGCAUUGUCGAGAGCUAUGUGAGUCCAGUGGAUUGCACAAUGGCCAACAUGAAGAUGUCGUGGGUGAUGAAGAAGGGUCGCGGCAUCGAUCUGCAGUACGUAAAGGAGCAAUACGAGGAGAGGUUCCUCAACGAACUGAAGCUGCUCAUCGACGACAUUCUGCAGUACCCGGAGACCUGCAGCAAGGCGCAGCUGGAUCAGCUCUUUGCCAAGAUGCAGGUCUUUAUUGUGACCUGCUACAACCUGGGCUGUCCCAAGAACCACGUGUUGCUUAAGUUGACAGCUCAGGCCCUGAACAGCGUGAUCGGGCGUAGCGAUCUGCAGAAUUAUGUGCUGAAGAAGAAAUACCAUCGACUAGAGUACCUGCAGCGUCUGGCGGCCACUGUGGGCGGUAUAGUCAUCUACAACAACGAUGGACCGGAUGGGGACCGGGAAAAUGUGAGAUAUAUCGUUGGCGACCUGGAGAUGGCUCAGAAAAACACGAGCUCUGCCUUCCAGCUGGCUCUGGAUGGAGCGGCAAAGAUGCAGUCGCUAUGCCAAGCGGCCAUCGAUGAGAUGAUUUACCUGGAUCCCAAGGACACAACGAUGACCUAUCGAGUGCCUCUUGAGCACUUGCAGCGACUCAAUCAGUUCACCAUCAUCUACACCAUGCAGCAACGUUGCCUGGACGCAUUGCAUCGCAGCUAUGAGAGCACCGUCUAUCUCAUUGAGGUGGAGCGAAAGCGCUACGAGUGUGUGGUGGCAAAGAUAAACGACACUCUGGCCAUGCGCACGGCCAUCGACUCGGAGCUGAUAUUCCCGCACUUUGUGUACAUCUCGCAGGUUUGGAGCAAUCUGAAUAACUUCCUCAAUCACGUUGUCGAGCUAAACAAGUUGCGGGAGCAACUGGAAAUACUGGUGCCCGCUCAGAUCAAGGAUGCGGCAGAGGCUACAAUUGCCGAGCUCCAGGCGUUGCACAAACGCAUCAAGGUGCCGCAGAAAAUAAAAUUUCUUGAUCGCAUAGCCGUCAUGACCGACUACCACACGGACGCAAACUUUUGUAGCUUGGCCCAGGCGGAUAUCAAGGAUUUUUGUGCCCUGACCUUGACCAUAACCAACGGGCUUUUGUUGCCAGCUAAAGUGACGCGAAAGCUCUGCGUGAAUGUGGACAUAACAUUUGGUUUGAGGGACCACAUGUAUGGCAGGUUCACGGAGCUUUGCUUCGAGCAGUUUAUACCGGCCUUCAGGAAAGUGAUCUUUAAUAGUGCCAACUUGGCGUUGCUCUUUAAGCUGGACGAAGCUCUCAUAUCCCAUGAGCUGCAGGACUUGAUUGUGGAGCCUCCGAAGCAAAAAGAUUUCGCGGGUCAAACCGAAAUGGUGGUCACCAAUGACUUGUCGGCCCCGAACUGGAUAAAUGUGACAUGGAAUGUGUGGGACUACCACCGCGAGACCAUACACAUGGCAGAGAUUCGCAAGCGACAGACUCACGAUGCCCAGACAAACAUCAGCUAUGGCCAGCGCAAUGCCCAGAACCAGACCUACAACACACGACAGCACAAAUGAGAAGCGAUGCUGAGAAGAGCUUCUAACUCACCUGUUUUGGGCCGGCUUAU